CAUGAAAUGCUCGGGUUAUACUUGUGUGGGUGUAGAAUAUUGAGGUUAUAGUGAAUUGAAUUAAAAAUAAUUUAUAGAAUUUUGACUAUAUAAAUAACUGCUCAAUGAAAAGCCGCCCAAAAUGGCUCUGCUCGGCGCUCAACUGGUUAUAACUCUGAUAAUGGUCUCAGUGAUUCAGAAACUGGGGAAUUAUUCGUUCGCGAGGUGGCUAUUAUGUUCGACAGGGUUGAUCCGGUACUUGUAUCCUGAUAAUAAUGAGUUGAAGGCUUUGGCUGGGGUGCCUAAGGAUAAGCCCAAGGGGAAAAAAGGUGGGAAACAUGAACAGAAUGGGAAGGCCGAGACGUUCCAUGUUCCUCGGAGCCUCGAGAUACAGCUUGAGACAGCGCCGGUGACGGCUCUGGACGUGAUACACCUGAGAUAUUACACAGAGUAUCAGUGGAUAGUAGAUUUUUCACUGUACACCAGUAUUGUGUACAUUUUGUCAGAGAUCUACACUUCAAUAUUUCCGCUGAAAGACGAGUUCAACCUGAGCAUGGUGUGGUGCUUGCUGGUCGUGCUCUUUUCAUUUAAAAUCCUUCUCACGCUGACUAAACAGUACUUCACCAGCGAAGAGUCCAUUGGGGAACGGUCCACAUGCAUCGUAGCAUUCUGUGUGUUCCUCCUGAUCGCUAUGAUGGUGCUGAUAGUGGAUGAGAGCAACCUGGAGGUCGGGGUGGACCUGGCUUAUGACAGCUUCUAUGAGAAUGCUCAUAAGUUUCUGGAGAACCAGGGACUUUCUUCUGUAGGGCCAGCAUCGAAGUUAAUCUUGAAGUUUGCGUUCGCCAUCUGGGCGGCCAUCAUCGGGACGCUGUUCACCUUCCCGGGACUCCGAGUCGCCAGGAUGCAUUGGGACUCGUUAAGAUACUACGGCGAUAAUAAGCUGAAGAGCGCUCUCCUGAACGUGAACUUCGCGAUGCCGUUCGUGCUGGCCCUGCUGUGGGUGCGGCCCGUCACCAGGCACUACCUCACUGUGCGCGUGUUCAGCGGCAUGGAGAAACCUCUAAUGUCCGGGGCCGCGUUCGACACCCUCCGCCUAGCCCUAGUGGCAGGGACAGUGGUCCUGCGCCUGUGUCUGAUGCCGAGACAACUGCAGGCCUACCUCGACAUGGCUCAGAGAAGAUUGGAUGCACAGAGGAAAGAAGCUGGCAGGAUCACUAAUGUGGACCUGCAGAAAAAGGUGGCCUCAGUAUUCUAUUACCUCUGCGUGGUAGCUCUCCAAUACAUCUGCCCCAUCAUAAUGUGCCUAUACUUCGCGCUCAUGUACAAAACUCUAGGCGGGUACGGCUGGGCCGACCUGUUCUAUGAGAGAGAAGAAAUGUGCAGUCUAGAAGACAAGAAGGUGGUUCCAGAAGACCUGGAUUUAGAGCAGUAUCAGAUGGCCUGGGAGAAUCUUAAGAUGGUAUUCACUCAAGAAGUGUACCGCGGUGUGUUCGGGUUCGCCACCUGGUGGUCGCUGUUCGCCUGGUUCGCGACCACAUCGCUCGGCCUCGCCUAUCAGACUUACUUCCGCAUCUCGUGAUACCCUGGUACCACCACAGCUACUAUUAGUGACAGACGUACAGAUCGAUUCACGAAAGGAAUGGACAAAACUUUGCUGAGCCACCAUUUUAUUAGUUAAUCUGUGAUACUGUACUAGGGAAUGCAAUAACCGACCAAAUUUCAUAACCGGUUACGGUUAUGCUCGAAAAAUAACGGGAGGAGGAGUGUGCUCAAGAGCUACACGAGCUUAUUCCACCGUCCCCAUUCUACCAUCGGACUCUUAGACGCACGGCCAGUCUCCAUCCUUACUUGGUAGAUAUUCCACGAAUCCGCACGAAGC